AUCAUUAAUGUAUGCAAAAUUGACAUCACUUUAUUACCAUUCCUUAUAUGGAAGUUCAUUCUAAUUGUUGAUGCGGACAUGAGUAAUUGUUCCAUCAGGCGCGUAUGUGAUAAAAUACAAGACACGAUCAACAAAACUCGCCACAAAUGUUAUCUUGGGUUAAUCAUAAAGAGUUUAAAUAAUAACGUGAGUUUUCACAACACUUUUUACAUUUUAAGUUCUUGAUCCUAUAGGAAGCACUUCGUAAUUAUAAAGUUAUUGAUAAUUGAAGGGCGAUACUACAGGUCAGUAACCUAUUCAAUCUAGUCUUUUUGUGAAAGCUUUUCGUAGCAUAUAAAUAUAAUUAUUUACAGCAUAUUUAGUCAUUGCAAUUGAACAGGUGAAUAAACCCUGAAGUAAAUAAAGAGCAGGUGUAAUUGUAACGAGCUCAAUGAAAGUUUCAAUUAGACUUUAUGGCUACGCAGUGUGAACGCUUCAUCGGCUAGUAUACGAUCGUUUGUCGCUACACAUGAAUUACCUGUACGACAGAAUUUCGCAAUGCGAAACGACGACCUUCGUAAGAAGGUAUUUAACUCGGCGGUUUGGAGCAGUAUCGCUCAAUAUCUAUCCAGUACAACAUAUGACAUGAGCUUCAACCUCAACUUCGGCAAAAGUGACAAGUGACUCUACUUAAACAUUUGGUUUAAAAUUGUGCGCUUGUUUAUAAAUUAUUAUGUCUAGUAAUUUAUUAAAACAUUUAUCUACAACACAGGAAACAUUAAUCGGUAAUUAAUAAGUAUUGAUUUAUAUACAUAUUUAAUUCGCUUUAAGGCGUACGUUAUACUCAGCGGAUCAUAAUGGAUAUACAUUUGCGGGAUAUAUUGUGUUCGUUGUCCCAUUUUGUUGUCUAUGCCAUACUGGCGAGUGCUGGUGUCGAUGGCGGGAGUAUACGUCGACAGACGGCCACGUGCACAGAGAACUCUGUCGUCGACAUUGAGUCAAAUGCUGGGGUGAAAAUAGAACCUAUUGAACAGAGUCGCGUCUAUAUUGAAACACUGUCUACGCCUUUUGAUGACGGGCACACUUUGCGUUUUGAAUUCAAUACCAAAUCCGGCAACGGAACGCUGUUCUAUGCCGUACGCCGCAAUGACAUCUACGACAUGGUGUCAGCGGAGAUCAGUGACGGAUACGUGCAGUUUAAGAUACGCUGCCGCUCCUCGUACGCUGACCUCACAAUUCCGGGAAUCCGGGUGGAUGAUGGCGAGUGGCACAGGAUCAAGUUCCACCGCAAGAAACGUAAGGGCAUCUUCCUGCUGGAUGACAUGGAGUACUUCGAGCACUACUAUGUGGGCUGUGGUGGCUUUACCUCCGUCAACUUCGGCAGCACCCACCGCGACCACGAUGACUCCUUCAGCGUGCGCGAGUUACAGGUAGGACAUAAAAACGGCCAUUUAAGCGGAUGUAUACGUAAUGUUAAGAUAACUACGGGAAUAGACACACCGCCCAAGUACACAGCCAUUUCGCAGUGCAAUUGAAGACGUCGCUAUCUCUCUAGCACGAGGAGCACGUGUAUUAUACUUGUGACUGACGCCAUUCCAUUGACAGCGUCUUGUAAACUCUGGUGGUAACAUUGUGUCGUCAUACGUGUGGUACAGCUGUGGUACGGCUGACAGCCCUAAGUAUUGCUGCAUGAUAUACGGUGUUACCGAUUUUGUAUACUAUUUUGAAGACGACGCAUCAGAUAAACACUCAAGCGCAUUGCAAUCAAGCACAGUAUAAUGACAAGGACUAUGCGCACAUUUGAUGCGAACGUAUGUGUGCAGGGUAACUAGAUGAAUCUCAGCACAUGUUACUUGCACCACCAGAAGCCAAUCUGAUCUCCGAUAUUGUACACAAUACAAACGUAAAGAUCUCUACGUUUGUAUAUUAUGGUAACACACAUUUUAUCUACGUUUAUGUUACUUAUAGCAACCGGUCUAACGACAAAUGAACAUACAUGUAUAUAGCCACGUUUUGAAAUGGCUGUUUUUGACCGUUCCGUCCAUAAGUUGUUGUGUCGUUACCUCGAACUGCUUUGUAUUUGUAGACCAUUAUUAAACAAUGGACAUGUU